GAUGUGAAGCUGGAGAGUGUGUUCCCAGUGAGGAGCCUGGGCGAGCUCAGAUUGUCAUGGAGUUAUCUUCCUGAGCGCAGACAUCUGACAGAACUUUGCAGGUCAAGUGAAAAGUUCGAGUCCAAGGAUCAGAAGAAGGACCUCUUGAUGGAGAACCAGCCGCCAUUCACAAAUUCAGAAACAGACCCCGGAGGCACCAGAGAGACUUGGAGAGAUGUCAAAGCUGAGGAGGAGACAGAAGGGCAUGUGAGGGUUAAAGUGGAGGAAAAUCCUAUACCGAUCGGCAUUGACCCUGGAGACACCAGAGACACUGAAAGAGAUGUCAAAACUGAGGAUGAGGAAGAACAUGCGAAGACUGAAGUGAAGGAAAUUCCUUUGGGGAUCGACACAGAUGGGCAAUACAACCGAGAGAAACCAAGAGGUCCAUCAAAUCAUCUCUCCAGGCAGUGAAAUCAAUUAUAAUGAUGUGACGUCUGAUUCUUCAGAAGAAAGCCCUAUUACACCGAUUCUUCAUCCAGUACUUCAAAGUGUUGAUCUAUCGCCUGACCUCUCUACUCAUAGUGGGGGUUUUCCUCAUCCUUCUUCUCUGAUCAACCACCAUGGAGCUCAAAGGGAAGGUACAAUUUAUUCCAAGCAUGUUGAAUGUUUUGACCGAAAGGAGGAGCUCACUUCACGCCAGAGAUCUCAGGAACGAGAGAAGCCAUAUCCAUGUUCAGAAUGUGGGAAAUGUUUCUCUCGUAGAUCGCACGUUAUCACCCAUGAAAAACUUCAUACCGGGGAGAAACCUUAUUCAUGUUCCCAAUGCGGGAAAUGUUUUACUCGUAGAGACAAUCUUUUAAUUCACCAGAGGUCUCACACGGGGGAAAAGCCAUAU